AUGGAGUACGGGAAACUAGAGGAAACCAUCCACGAGAUAAAAGAAGAGAACAAGCAGCUAUGGGAAAUCAAUAAAAAAUAUGAGGAGGAUAUUAUCGCCAUGAAGGAGACAAUCGUCAGCAUGAAAGGCAGGAUUGACGAACUCCUGAAGGACAAGGAGGAGCAGCAGAAGAAGACAAAGGAAAACAGCAAGGACCAGAAUAAAAACACACCCGACAAGGAGGAAGUGAAAAAUAAGGAAGAGAAAAAGGAAGCACAGAAGAACAAGGACAACGAGGACAAAAAAAAAAGAGACGCGGAGGUGAGUUCAGAAACGGACUCAGAUGAAGACGGAUUCCAGAGAGUGGAAUCUAAAAAAAGCCGUAAGGCAAGAAGGAAAACCGAAGCCGAAACCCAAGAAGAUACAGAAAUGGACGCGGAAACGACGUCCAUAGUAAUGGAAGCGGAAGCAACGCCGACACCAAAAACGAGCGUGCCAACCGACAGGAGAAAAACCCCGGAGGUCUCAGUAUGGCCAACCCCCAGGCCAAACGAACAAGUAGUACCAACAAGUUCGGAUACGAAUCCGAACGAGAUACAGACAAGUCCCAUGACACCACCACCGAUAGUUGUCCACGACAGCAAACGGUGGAACGAGAUAUCCUAA